GCCAGUAGAUAUUCAGACACACACCUUCUAUCAAAACUUGGGGGAGACAAAAAUAUCCGAAUAAUAAGCAUCGAGAUUAUUCAAGAAUCACCAUGUGCGGAGGAGCAGUGAUCCCCAACGACGACGACAAACCGCCGGUGCCGGCGGCGUUGAGGCGGCACGCCGGCCAACUUCGCCCGGAAUUAUGGGACGCCAAGAAGAAGAAGAAGAAACGCGGCGAUGACGAGAUCCAGUGGGAAGCCGCCUUCCUGGAGUUCGUUGUCGCUGGCGACGACGACGACGACGGCGUUGCCAUGUUCCCGCCUUCAUGUGCGGCGACGGCAGAGGCUGCGGUUGCACCGGCGGUGGAGAGGCCGCGCCGGCGGCGGGUGAGGCGGAGCUACCCGUACCGCGGCGUCCGGCAGCGGCCGUGGGGGCGGUGGGCAUCGGAGAUCCGCGACCCCGUCAAGGGCGCCCGUGUCUGGCUCGGCAGCUUCGACACCGCCGUGGACGCCGCCCGCGCCUACGACGCCGAGGCGCGGCGGAUCCACGGCCAGAAGGCAAGGACCAACUUCCCGCCCGACGACGAUCCUCCGCCGGCGCCGGCCAGAGAUCACCAUGGGACGUCGACGACGACGAUGGCGAUGCCUUAUCUCGACGGCAUGCCACUUUGCUUCCUGCCCAACGACGAUGCCGUGGCCGACGGAAAAAGCCCGGCGUCGGCGGCGCCGUCCGCGACGUCGACGGUGUCGUCGUCGGAGUCCUCCGACGAGCUUAUACUACUGGAGUGCUGCUCGGACGACGUGAUGGACAGCCUCCUCGCCGGCUUCGACGUGGCCAGCAACAUGGACAUCUGGAGCAUGAGCAACAUAAUCCACUCCCCGAGCUGAGAUCUUGAAGGGAAGAAGCCACAAGCAGCCACAUGAGCCAUCCUCCUUGGUUAAUCAGCAGCACGCUCGGCUAAUUAAUCAGAAAUUGUGAACUACAAGAGAAGUAGUACUAGCUUAGCAGGAAUAAAAUAUGGAUGCAUGUGUGCAGUACUGUUGCACUACUGCAGUGUAGCAAGUUCGGUCACUGUUAAGUUGUCUAGGCUUCCAUGUAUCUGCUGCUACAUAGGUAUACGUAGAUAUGUAUGAUGAUGGCAUUCUAUGCCGUGUUCGAUGAAUGUAAAUAUCCUUAUAUUGCUUUUUCUGAAAAAAAAAUUAUAUAUAUAUAUGGAUAUGUUCG